UUGUUGCUAUCUGUGUGAUCCUUUAUUUCUUUCCAUCAGUAUAGUAACAAUCCAUAGCCUUAUUAUCCCACGGGGAAGCUCGAAUGAUGAGCCCAGGACAUAUGUGAUUGCACUUUCAGUGGAUGUAACAUCGUGUCAGCUGAUUAAUUUACUGUUAGCAGUUUGAUUAUAGUGAUUGGAACAGGCUGUAUGUUAUCAUAUGUUAUUAAUGAGAUCAUAAAAAGGCACUCUGAUUCUCUUUAUUAAUACAGAUUGUAUGUUCUGAGAAAGAAAACGUUAUGAGCUGCCGUCAGAAAAACAAUUAUCUUAACGCUACAAUAAGGUUCUGUUGGCACAGUCGAUAAAGAAUAGUGUUCUAGGACGCUCGUUAUGAGAUAACUGUAGCGCACACAGUUUCUAUUGAUCCUGGUCUACUGUUAUUAUCAAGAACUUUGUGGUUUGCUCCUAACCGUAUCGGACACGUGUCUCUCGCUCACAAUAACUUGACCUACAACGAGACUUUAUCUCAAUCACUGAUAAGAUCACCAUCACACGGGGUAUCCUUUCGUCAUUAUCCGUCCCAGUAUCGGGAAACCCCGACUCAGUCCGUCUCUCAUUCUAUAUAUUAGCAACACUAAGGCGAGCGCUAUUCUCCGCCGAUACUGCCGACCAAUGUGUCUUCGCUGUGACGCUCGCUCGGCCCUCUAGCGGCAGUACCUGGCUGGUUACCUGUGUGUUAUAUCAGAAGAGACUGGAGUGUUGUGAACAGGACAGUGUGACUGACGUGUUUGUGACUUGAUUCACCGCUGGGUGUCCCUCGGAUUUCCUUCUUUUCAAAAUGUGUUAAGAAUAUUGUCUGUAAAAUUGGAUUUCUUACCAAAAAAGGUAAUGGGCGAAAGGUACGCGAGAUGGACUUCGUAAUUCCAGAGAGGUCGACGAUAUAAAGAAUGUUGGGAGAAGCAAAUAGAGAAUACCGUCUCCCUGGCUGAGCCGUGUGGACUAAACUCAAAUGACAGACAGGGAGUUACGCCACGCCAGAAUCGCCACCCGUAUCCACGCCAGAAUUACCGCCCCUAUCUACGCCAGAAUUACCGCCCCUGUUCACGACAGAAUCACCACCCCAAUCCGCCUUCCUUGAAGAGGUUACCGGGGCGAUAAUGAAGCGAGAAGUCUGCAAACUGUGACAGCUAUCUAUAUUUAGUUGACAAAAUCAUCUGCACUUGUGACAAACUGUCAAACUGUCAAUCUGUCUGAUCAAAGUCUGGUCUAGUGUCCAUAUGAACAGCAGUUGUCAGAUAGUGUGCACGGUGUUUAGGUGCGUCGUACAAAUUCAAAUGGACGUGGAUUUAUUUUGUAUUUGAAAAAUAUACACAUGUAUAUAACUUGUUUUGCUGCAAAUGUGAUUAAGAUAUGACAUUUACCAUACGAAUUUUUACUAUCAAUAGUAAUAAGCUUGAGAUUGAUGUUGGUGCUGUUUUUGUGUGUCUGUGUUACACGGAAAUCGUGUAAAUGACUCAGUUCCCAGGUUGCAGAUAAUGAGGCUAGUGCUUGUUAUCAUGACGGGAAUAGGUUUCACUCUCGGAAUACUCAUCGGACUGUUCAUCCAGCUGCCAGUCGGCACCCUCCCAGCAGACACCGUGUUCGUAGAUGACGCGGACAGCGGCGGUCGCUAUCGUCGUUCGCUUGCUGAUGUCGCCCACGUUGAGAGGAGAUUUGUGAACUCGGACAGGAGAGCCGGCUUCCACAGAGUCCCGCUAGGAUCCGCGGAACAACAAAACACGAUUUUACUCUCUGAUCCGAUAAUCGGACUAAAGCCUAUUGUGCCUCUUACAAACAACGUGAACGACGUGGAUUCCAUUCUUCACGGUACAAACAAAAGUUUUAGAGAUGGACGCUCUAACCAGGUCAGGUCUGGAUUACGUAAAGGCCAACGGACAGACGGAAAGCAGCAUGGUAGGGAAUCCCAGUUUAAUGGCGAUGGUUUAGACUUUAAACAUAGGGUACGGGGAACCCACACAGAUAACGCCGAGUCUAUAGAGAAAGGAUUAGCAGCAGAUAGUGAUGCCGAAAACAAACAAGCUAGGCAGUCGCUCUCUGUUCGGAUCAAAGUCCACGGCGCUGCCAAGCCAAAUAUUAAUAUGAAAAAUAGCAAUACUAAAAAGGAGUCGGCAUUAAGUGAUUCUGAUAAACAUAUGAAUUCUGACGAGUUUUCCGAAUUGCUGAGAGCAUAUUCUGGUAUUUAUUGGAAUUCAAAUUUCACACAGUCGUGUCCAACAGGCUUUACAGGUGCGGAUUCCAGAGAAUGGAAGAAGAAAACUGACGAUCUCCAGAUUGUGAAAGUGGAGGAAGGUUGCGGAAGAAUGCAGAAUCGUCUGCUAACAUUCAGUGAUGCGUCGAGAGCAUGUGCGAGGUAUAGGCUAAACGUGGAUCAAAUACAGGGCGAGAUUUAUUCAUAUUACCUCGCCAAACUUCUCAAUAUUACAAACCUGGCCCCAACCUUGCUGCUCGGUGUGAAUUCUUUGGAUGACAAGUGGAAAGCCGUGCACCUGGAUUUGGUCGAGUCGCAGUGGGCAGACGACAAGGUUGUGAUCUUAACACAGUGGGUUACUGGUCUUUCUCCAGCCUACAUUCCACAUCUGUUGCAGAAGGACGACAGAAGACUUCACCCUACAGACGAUAUUCUGUUGGGCAAGAAUAAAAACGAGUUGUGCGAAUUGGUGCAGUGGUCAGAUCUAAUAGUGUUUGACUACCUGACUGCUAACUUGGACCGCGUUGUGAAUAACAUGUUUAACAAACAGUGGAAUGAUCAGAUGAUGAGUAAUCCAGCUCACAACUUAGAACAAACUUCAGAUGGAAGUCUGCUCUUUCUGGACAACGAGUCGGGGUUGUUUCAUGGAUACAGACUGUUAGACAAAUACGCCGAUUUUCAUAAACAGUUGUUAAACUCCUUGUGUGUGUUCAGAGAAAGUACUGUUCAGAGGGUGAGGGAGUUGUACCACAAUGGUAAUAUAGGAGAGGAACUCCACAAGUUAUUUUCUCAGAAUGACAAACUUCAUUUAAAAGUGCCAGACAUUCCUGAGAAAAAUAUAAAAAUUCUCAAGCAUCGGUUAGAGGACGUUUAUAACCAAAUUACACAAUGUGAUUCCCAGUAUGGAAGAUAGCAGUAACUUGAUAGCACGAUUAGUCUGUGCAUAGUGUGUGGACUGGUGCCCAGUUUGAUGGACUGGUACCCAAUUUGAAUGACUGGUGCCCAGUUUGAUGGACUGGUUCCCAGUCUGGUAGACUGGUGCUCAGUAUGAUGAACUGAUGUGCAUUACGCAGUUUGUUGUUGUUUAUUAUAAUUUGUCAUUUGU